AUGUUGCGAAGGGUGUCGUUUAUCUUCGGCGCGCUGACGAUGCUGUCGGGGCUGGUGGGCGUGCCGCUGGGCGCGUGGCUGGGCGCGGCGCUGGUGCGGCGCUGGGGCCGCGCGCACGCCCUCAUCUGCGGCGCCGGCCUGCUCGCCUCCGCGCCCGCCAUGGGCCUCGCGAUGCUGCUUACGGACCAGUCGUUCUACGCGCCAUUCGCUCUCAUGUUCAUUGGGGAGGUAGCUCUCAAUCUCAAUUGGGCGAUCGUUGCCGAUAUGUCGCUGUAUGUGGUUGUGCCACCUAGAAGAUCGACGGCAGAAGCUUUCCAGAUUCUGAUAUCCCAUAUGUUUGGGGACGCGGGAAGUCCUUAUUUAGUUGGAGUGAUAUCAGAAAACUUAAAGAAAUCACUUUCACCCGCCGGAGAAAUGCCAACUCAGACUGCGACUUUUAGAGCGCUGCAGUACGCUCUGUUUGUAACUUGCUUCGUCGAAGUCAUCGGCGGCAUUUUCUUCCUUCUGACAUCCAUUUACAUUGUUAGGGAUAAAAUGAAAGUUGACAGAGCUAUCGCGGAGGCAGAGGCACAAAGUGCGGAGCCAUCUCACAGUAACGCCCAAGACAAUGUGGAAGGAGAA